GUAUUUUUAGUAUAAAGUUCUCAGGGUCUGGUUCAGCGUACGUCAGAGAACUUUGUAUGAGUCUCAUCAAACACACAUCUGACGCCAAUCAGGCCUACCUAAGACCAUUUUCCUCCAUAUCUUGUGGAACUGAGGUCAGUGGGGUGACAAAAAGGACAACAACAGCGAGCCAAAUCUUACAGUUCAGCUGCACUGAGAUUACAGGGACACAAUUAGUGCAAAGUAAUGGGGAGUAUAAUUGCUUGCCUUGUUUUCCUGGCAAUUAUCUGAAUGUUACCAAGUGUGAGGCAUGUCCGGUUGGACAGUAUCAGAGCGAAGCAGGUCAGCUGACCUGUGACAACUGUACAACCGGAAAACAUGUUACUGAAGACAGAAGAGAAUGCAAAGAUUCUGCAUGUGUGCUGUCCUUUCUUUCACAAAGUCUCCCCAACGCUACUUUUUCAUGUGAUGCGCAGACUCAGACUUGUAUUUCCUCUUGUAUAUCUGGCUAUAUACAGGAUGAUGGCGGACAAUCGACAAUAUCUAACUGCAGCACCAGCAAUGGAUGGCAUCCUCCAAGUAAAAACUGCAUAAAAUAUGAAUUUUCAACGUACUGGAUGGAUCUAGAAAUUGUAUAUGAGACGGAAGAACUUCCUGCAAGUUACUGUCUGAGUGACUUCCGGUCUGUAACCUAUGAAAAUACAGUUUCAUUUAAUACCACCAUUUCGUCUUCGUGUAAUUUGCACUCAACCGGCGGAGUAGUAAUUGAAAACAUAACCAGUACAACCAAAGCAUUCCAGAAACAUUAA